GACUAGAGACGCAUCGAUCGGUAGUACGUAUCUGAUUCUUCUGGAGCUAGCUAGGCCGGGCGGGCGGGACAAUUGAGUGGGAAUGCAUAUCCGCGUGGUGAGCCACCGGCUGGUGAAGGCCUCCGAUCCCUCCCUGAACAAGCCACGGGUGGAUGCCGUUUCCAACCUCGACCUCGACCCCAACUCCAUCCAAGGCUCCGUCACAUGCGUAUACCCCAAGCCUGCCAAGGGCGGCGACUUCAACGGCGUCGUGGCUGCCUUCGAAGCUCACUUCCCCACCUUGCUCAACCAUUUUUACCCUUUGACAGGCCGCAUUGUCUUUGACCCCAGCUCCCCCAUGAUCCCCGAGCUCCACUGCCACAACCAAGGCGCCGAGCUCAUCGUUGCCGAUGCCGGCGUACCCUUGUGUAGCCUCGACUGGGGCUCCUCGGAGGAAUCCUUGAAGAGGAUCCAGCUGCCGUACGCGGAGGAGAUCCCACUAUCCGUGCAACUCAUCUCCUUCACCUGCGGCGGUUUCGCCGUGGUGUGGUCCGGCAACAACCUGAUGGGCGAUGGGAAUAUGGGGAUGAAUCUGGUCAAGAUGUGGUCGGAGCUCGUGCGCUCCGGCGGCACGUCCUUCACCGGCCAAGCUCCAAACCAUGACCGCUCCUUGUUCCGCCCUCGAGACCCGCCUUCGUACCGUGCCUCCAUUGAGGGGCUCUUCACAUCAUCGUCGGAGGGCGGCAUGGUCAAUGCCCUCACGGCUGAGCAGAGCUUCAUCGAGCGCCUCUACUACAUCGAGGCCAGCGACAUCGCCAGGCUGCGCCACAUGGCAAGCACCGCCUCCCGCGCCCAGGCUGUGUCCGCUUACCUGUGGAAGGUCUUUGCCGCCGUGGUGGGCUCGUCCAAGCUCCUGGCAGAGUCGGAUAAGCGUUGCCGCAUGCUAUGGUGGGUGGACGGGCGGCGGGUGCUCGCCCCUGAGCUACGGUCCAAGCUGGGUAACUACGCAGGUAAUGUCGUCGCGUAUGCGGUGCGGGAGGCCGACGUGGAGACGAUCCUGGAGAAGCCGCUGCCGGAGUUGGCGAUGAUGGUGCGGGAGACCAUCGCAUCCAUAGACGGCGAGCACAUCCAAGGUCUCGUGGACUGGAUAGAGGUGCACAAGCCGCACAAGUUCAUCGAGACACCCAUCGUUGGGCUCGGGAGCCCCACGCUGGGGCAGACCAUGUGGUCUUCCUUCCCGACCGACACGGAUUUUGGCUUCGGACAUGCCUCGCUGGCCUUGCCGGUGGACUCUAGGGGGAGACUGUGCGCCGGUGUACUGUGCAUCGGCCAGCGGCCUGGAGAUAGCGGCUCGUGGGUUCUCAGCGCAUACAUAUGGCCACGUCUCGCCGCGGCGCUGGAGGCUGACAAGGAGCGCAUCUUCAAGCCUCUAACUCCCGAGUAUCUUGGUUUCACCCCUGCAACUGCAAAGUAUGAUCUUCUGCCAGAUCCCAGACCUCGUUUAUGAUCUUCUUCAAUUCUUCGAUCCUCCUGUGCUGGCGCGCGCGCGCUUCUGGAGAUCGAUCGAUCUCCAGAAUUGUGCACGUGGAUAUCUUGUGUUUUUCUUUUGUGUCUUUGAGUUGUAAAGGAAUACCGGAGUACAAGGUAUGUCCUAGUCGUACGCGUGUCGCGUCUCGUAUUGAGUCGGUGUGGUUGAGUCAGUUUAAAGCGUGUGAUUGAAUGUAGGUCAUGGCCCGCGUCGUCUUAGGCGCUGUGUUUCACGUCAAGUUGGGCUGUAAGCACGUUGUUGCGGCACAAAAUUCACUCUCCUCUUAAUCUCA